CCAUUUUGUGUACGGUGCUGUUGUGUGGAGGUGGUGGUCGUGCUUGCUUGGUCGCUCUGCCAGCAUUGCUUUUUUUCUUUCUCUUUAAUCCGUUGAAUCGACGCGUUGCCCUCGCUAACGCCGCACGGUACAGCAUGGCGGACAGUCAGUCUCCCGCAGACCCCAGCGCUAGCCAUGACACCGAGACCAAGAAGCUGAGCGAGCUGCGCGUCAUCGACCUGAAGGCCGAGCUGAAACGGCGCAAUGUGGACACGGGCGGCAACAAAAGCGCCCUGAUGGAGAGACUGCGCAAGGCAAUUGAAGAGGAAGGUGGAAAUCCAGAUGAAAUCCAGGUUGCUUCAGACACUCCAAGUAAAAAGACUCCUAAGCGAAGUGGCAGAGUUCGUAAGCUUGAAGAGGAGGGAGCUGAAGAUAAUGGUAUGGAGGAUGAUUCUGGGGAUAACCAGGAGAAUGAAGAAACCAGCCAGGAACAAGAAAAUGAGAGAGUGCUCGACAUAUUGGGGGAAACUGGUAAAUCUGAGCCACUUAAGGAAGAUGUUCCAGAAGUGGAGGAGUCAGAUAACCAAGAUGAAAGUUGUGUGGAGCAAGAGAAGACCAGCGAGGAAGAUGUUUUUGUGACCGUCGAAUCAGCAGACAGCACAUUAGAUUUAGAUGGCGAGUCAAAUCAAGAGUGUGUAACUGAAGAAAGUAACCCUUUAGAGUCAGAUGACAGGGAGUCUAAAGACCAGAGCGCACACAAGGAUUUUCUGGACAUUGAAAUGAUAGAGCUAGACAAAACAAGCAAUCAGUCUAAUCAAAAUCCUGAAAAUAUGGAAACUGAAGACAAGUCAUGCAUUGAGACUGCCAGCGAUGGUGAAGACGUUGUAACGAAAAGUGAAGAACACACAGAGGAAGAAACAUCUGGCACUAACGUGUCCUUUACAAAAGAGGACGAUCAGAAAACGAGCUUGGUUGAUGAUGAAACUGAUAAAAGCAUCUCAAAGGAUGAGAAAGGUCAACUUGAUGCCAGCUCUGGCAAAAAUCUGUGGGUUAGUGGCCUCUCAUCCACCACAAGAGCAACUGAUUUGAAAAAUCUCUUCAGCAAAUAUGGAAAGGUGGUUGGGGCAAAAGUGGUUACAAAUGCUCGUAGUCCUGGUGCACGUUGUUAUGGAUUUGUCACAAUGUCCUCUUCUGAGGAUGCAACCAAAUGUAUAACCCACCUUCACAGAACUGAGCUACAUGGAAGAAUGAUCUCUCUGGAAAAGGCUAAAAACGAACCUGCUGGAAAGAAACCUGAAAAAAAAGAGAGUGAGCCAAAGAAAGAAAAGACUUCUAGCAAUGACAGGCGUACAUCAACUGAUAACAAGUCCGAAAAGUCCUCACCGGUGAAGAAAGAUGAAGCGGCUGCUAAAGAUGAUGCUAAACUUGAAGGAAAAGAGGAUUCUGAAAAAGACAAGGAAGAACCCAAGUCUGGAACAGAUCGUUCUAGAACUAGCAAGUCAGGAAGUAGAGGAACAGAACGUACUGUUGUCAUGGACAAAUCCAAAGGCGAGCCGGUUAUAAGUGUUAAAACAUCGUCUGACUCAAAGGAAAGGAGUUCUAAAAGUCAAGAUCGCAAGUCUGAGAGUAAAGACAAGAGAGACAUACUCUCAUUCGAUAAAAUUAGAGAACAAAGGGAGAGAGAGAGACAGAGGCAACGAGAGAGAGAAAUAAGAGAGAUGGAAAGGCAACGGGAACGGGAUAGGAGAGCAAGAGAGAGAGCCAUUAUAAUUCGUGAAAGAGAAGAGCGAGAGAGGCUCCGCAGGGAACGUGCUAGACUUGAUUUUGAAAGGGAACGUUUAGACCGAGAACGAAUGGAACGAGAGAGGCUGGAAAGAGAGCGAAUGCGAAUAGAGGAUGAGAGGAGACUAGAACAGGAGCGAAUUCAGAGGGAAAGAGAGGAACUGAGACGCCAGCAAGAACGACUUCGUUAUGAGCAAGAUCGAAGACCUGGCAUAAGAAGACCGUAUGAUAUAGAUUUAAGAAGAGAUGAUGCACAUUGGCCUGAAUCAAAGCGCAUUGCAUUGGAUGAACGGUAUCGUGAUUUUGGAAGACAAGAACGCUUUCAUGAUUUUGACAGAGAACGUGGUAGAUACCCAGAUCACUUGCACAUGGACAGGAGGGAUGAUUCAAGGUCUGGUCUUGGAGGUAGAGACGCGAAUUAUUCUGAACGACAUGGAAGAGAAGGUUGGGGAGGUUAUGACCGUCGUGUCAAUGAAGGCAGAGGCAUCACAACACCAGGAAGAGAUGGCCGUGAUUGGGGAGAUCAUGGGCGUAAAAUUGAAAUGGAUAGAACAAGGCCAGGUGCUGUAGAUGGUAUUGCUGGAAGAGACCAUGACAGGUGGCAAGGAGAUCGUGGCAUGCCUGGUUCAUCAGGUCAAGGGAACAUAAUGGGUAGAAGUGGCAUUCCUGGGUUUCUACCAGGUGAAAGUUCUCAGGGCCUAUCUGCAGCUUUGGGAAUUCAAGGAGGAAACUUUGGAGGGCAAAACAGACCCAAUGACCCUCGAUUUGGCAAUCGCUACUGAAUAUUUAAUAAAUUUGGUUUUUAAUUCAAUUGAUAACUAAUGGAGAAGAUGACCAAGGCUGGUUGUUCUGUUUUUUUUUUGUUUUUUUUUGAUGUUUGUUUUACUUUUUAAGUUGGUUGUUUUGGAUUUCCGUGACUAGACCUUUUUGCCUUGUAAUAGACUUUUUGUUAAGCCAUUAAAACACACUUGUUUCUGUCAAUGAAACAUUCCAUUUAAUAAUAAAAGUGACUACCCUUUGUGAAUUACUUUAAAGCGUGGUCCUUUCCAGUUUU